GCCAGGGACUCUGCACCCAUUUCUGCCUUGCCGGGUGCAGCAACUGUCGCCGGCCUCAACGGUGCGUGGCAUUCAAAUGUGCCUGGCAGUGAGCCAUCUGCAGGGCCACAGCAGCCGGCACAGCACAGAGCAGAAAUGAGAUUCCCCCGAUGCCCCCGAGCCCUGGACAAGGGUGGUUUCCUUACACGUCCGUCUGUCCCGUGCCGUGCCGCUGCCGCGGCGUGCUCACCCCCUCUUCUUGCCCCCAGCGUGCUGUGAGCAGGAACGAGGUGUCUCUGUGCCGGCCAGGUGUCUACCUCUCCUCCUGGGCUGGGAGUGGCCGACUCGCUGUGGCAGCCCCGCCUGGGCGUUGCCGGAGCUGAGCGUCUCACCCUCAAACUGCAACUCGGGGGAGUCUAAAAUUAGCCGGAGGAAGCUGCAGCAGUGCAGACAGCAGGUGCUUAGACCGAGGCAGCGCUCGGCACGGACGGAAGCGGGAGUCCGACCUAGGCGCUCUGGGAGGCCGCGUCGGGGCCGCCUGGCCCCUGGGCGGGCGUUCCUGCCGACCCAUGCCUUGGCUGGGCUGCUCCUGUGACGCGGCUGGGGCGGCCGGAGGGGCCGUGGGACGGCACCAGGUUCCAGGCAGCAGCGCGGGCUUCUGCCCGCGGCGCAGAGCGAGCCGGAUGUGAGGCCGCCGCGAGCUCGGGCUGGGCAGUGGACAACGGGUCCAGCCGCGCCCCAGUUGCCUGAGCGCCAUGGAGAUGCUGAUGAUGGACAGGAACGCGUCCGGGCCGGACAACACCACGCUGCUCAUGCUGCGCAACCCGGCCAUCGCCGUGGCCCUGCCGGCCGUGUACUCGCUGGUGGCCGUGGUCAGCAUCCCGGGCAACCUGCUGUCCCUGUGGGUGCUGGCCCGCCACAUCGGGCCCAAGUCGCCCUCGGCCAUCUUCAUGAUCAACCUGAGCGUCACGGACCUCAUGCUGGCCGCGGUGCUGCCAUUCCAGAUCUUCUACCACUGCAACCGGCACCACUGGGUGUUCGGCCGGCGGCUCUGCAACGUGGUCACCGUGGCCUUCUACGCCAACAUGUACUCCAGCAUCCUCACCAUGGCCUGCCUCAGCGUGGACCGCUUCCUGGGCGUGGUGCACCCGCUGGCCUCGGCGCCCUGGCGCCGCCGCCGCUACGCCGUGGCCGCCUGCGCCGGCACGUGGCUGCUGCUGCUGGUCGCGCUGUCCCCGCUGGCCCGCACCGACCUCACCUACACCGUGGACGCGCUGGGCAUCGUGACCUGCUUCGACGUGCUGCCGUGGACCAUGCUGCCCAGCGUGGCCAUGUGGGCCGUCUUCCUCUUCUCCAUCUUCGUCCUGCUCUUCCUCGUCCCGUUCGUGGUCACCGUGGCCUGCUACGCGGCCACCAUCCGCACGCUGCUGCGGGCGGCCGAGGCGCACGGCCGGGACCGGCGACGCCGCGCGGUGCGCCUGGCCGCCGUGGUGCUGCUGGCCUUCGUCACCUGCUUCGCGCCCAACAACUUCGUGCUGCUGGCGCACAUGGUGAGCCGCCUGUUCUUCGGCGCCGGCUACUACCACGUGUACAAGCUCACACUCUGCCUCAGCUGCUUGAACAACUGCCUGGACCCCUUCGUCUACUACUUCGCCUCCCGCGAGUUCCAGCGGCGCCUGCGCGGCUACCUGCACCGCUGCCGGCCGCCGGGCAGCCGCCAGGACACGCUCGGGGACAGCCGCGUCUCCGCCCACACGCUGUCCUCGGCGCGCUCCCCCGCGGCCAGCCGGCCCUGCCUCGAGAGACGGCAGAGCGAGCUCUGACCCCCGGCCGGGACCGGCGGUGGGGGGGGCACCCAGCCUCCUGCAGCGGCCGGAGAGGCGGAAGCAAGGGGAAGUGGACGGGUCGCAUGCUGGUGUUCUCUGGGCCGUGGUGACAGCGGCGCCCACCCAGGGGCUCCCAGAGGGCAGGACACGUCUCCGCCCUCCCAGCCCAGCCGGGUCUGCGGUUGGGCUCCUAAAACCCCGCCAGCGAGCCCAGUGUCUCCGGCUGGGGACUGCGCCUUGCGGUCAGCAGCAGGCCCUGGUGUUGGGGGCCAGCAGCACCUCGUGCGCCCCGUCUCCGGCUCUGGUCCCCGCAGCACGGGGUGCAGGAACCUGUACGUUGUCGCUGUGUCAUGCUGGCCGCGGCGACGUCGGAACAGCGAUGUAGGGCGCUGGACCCCAGGUGACUCAGGAAAGGCGCCGCGGCAGCCAUGCCCGGGGGCGUGGGGAGCGCCCACCCAGCCUGGCUUGGGGGGAAGGGGCCACCGAGACCCCGGGCCAUGACGAGGCCCUUCCGACCUCUGAGAUCCAUCUGGGGAAGCAGUGGGGCUCCCACGUGUGCGGCUCGCAGGGGGCUCCCAGGCUCCCGGCUACAUAGAUACAUAGAGAUACACAGAUGCAUAGAGAGAGAGAGAUACAUAACCCACCUGGGGCUGGCUUCCUGGCUCCCUCGAGAGACAGACACAGUGCUGAAGGCCGCAGGGCACAGACCAGGAAGCCAGGACCGUGGGGACCUCUGCUGCGAUGGAUUCUGGGUAGCCUGCUCCGGCCUCCUGCAGGGUGGGAACAUGUAUGGGGCUGUGAGAGCCACUGGGCCACCCCACGUGUGCGCCUGUGCCUGUCCUUAUUGAUUAGAAAUAAAUACAGAGAAGCA